GUCAUGGAGCCUGCUUGUGGCCCAGGCCCGCCGUGGCCAGGCUUGCCCCUCCGCUCUUGCGGGUGCGCUCCUGGUGGUCGCACGCUGGCCGUGUCCGCAGCCCUCUGGGCCCAAGCAUGCUGCGCGCCCUGGGGGCUCGCCGCGGCUCGCCACUGCCCGGCAGACACGGAACGGACCCAGGGCCUCGCGCCUGCUGCUGGCGCCAGGCCGCGCCCGCGGCAAGUCGAAGCCCGCUAAAGGCCGCCGCGCCGCCCUCACGCGCAGCUGGCGCGGAUGGGGGUGGCCGACCUCGACCGGCAGAUCGAGCAGCUGCGCAGGUGCGAGUACAUCAAGGAGUCGGAGGUGAAGGCUCUGUGCAACAAGGCGCGGGAGAUCCUCACCGAGGAGAGCAACGUCCAGCAAGUGGACGCGCCUGUGACCAUUUGUGGUGACAUACAUGGACAAUUCUACGACCUCGUCGAGCUGUUCAAGGUCGGGGGGGAUUGCCCAGAUACAAAUUACCUGUUCAUGGGUGAUUUCGUCGACCGUGGAUUCCACAGCGUGGAAACACUGCUGCUGCUUCUCGCGCUGAAGGUUAGGUAUCCGGACCGGAUAACGCUGAUCCGCGGCAACCACGAGAGUCGCCAGAUUACGCAGGUGUACGGCUUCUACGACGAGUGUUUCCGCAAGUAUGGGAGCGUCAACGUCUGGCGAUAUUGCACCGAGAUUUUCGAUUAUCUGGCUCUGGCUGCUCUCAUUGAAGAGAAGGUGUUCUGCGUCCAUGGUGGCCUCUCUCCAUCCAUCAACACCCUGGACGACGUGCGCCAGAUUUACCGGAAGCAGGAGGUGCCGCACGACGGAGCGAUGUGCGACCUGAUGUGGUCCGACCCAGAGGACUCGGACAUCGAGGGCUGGGGCCUGUCCCCCCGCGGCGCGGGCUACCUCUUCGGGGGGGACAUGAAGCAGUUCAACCAGGCGAACAGCGUCGAGCUGAUCUCCCGAGCCCACCAGCUGGUCAUGGAGGGGUACAAGUGGAUGUUCAGCGAGGCGCUCGUGACGGUCUGGUCCGCCCCCAACUAUUGCUACCGGUGCGGCAACGUCGCGGCCAUCCUCGAGCUCGACGAGAACCUGGAGCGGCAGUUCCGGAUCUUCGAGGCGGCCCCCGCGGAGGUGAGGGGCGUGCCGAAGGAAGCUGGUCCCCGACUACUUCCUGUAGGUCGCCAGCGAAGCCUCGGCGGCGCGCCCAGGGGGGGAAAGUUGGUAGCAAAGCAUGCGAGCUGGGUAUACCCUCGCAGUUCCGUCUUUAGCGUCGUUUUCAAGCAGUGGCGAAGCGUCCUGGCUCGCCUAUAGCCCUACCAAACAAUGUUCUAAGAUUUGUUUGUAUUGGCGUGCGCUGGUGUCGGGUAACUGUGAUGGACAAGCGCCGAUCUAGCCUCGCCUAGGAAAGAUCCAGCGUCGAUGGGCGCCGAUGGGCGUCGAUCCCGCAAGGCCGGCAAGAUGGCACGGGAGGGCCCCGGGCGUGGCCGCAAGGAGAGGGCGCGAGGGCUCCCGAGAGGCCCCCUGCCGCCUUCUGCGGCACGGGAGGGCCCCGCGAGUGGCCGCAGAAGAGGGCGCGCGGGCUCCCGAGAGGCCCCCUGCCCCCUCAUUGCCCCCUCUCGCUGCCCCCCCUCUCAAGCAGUGGCGAAGCGUCCUGGCUCGCCUAUAGCCCCACCGAGCAAUGUUCUGAGAACCUCUUGUGGAUUCCACGAGAUGUUCUUCGAACAUUUCUGGCGGAG